AUGUUCGACGUAUCCUGGAUCCUAGGCCACGCCAAAACAUCCUACACCUCACACACGUCCCCAAUCCCCCUCAAAACAAAGUCUGGUUCCAAAACCACGCUUUCCGAAUUGGCUCAGUCUUCCAUCCCGCCAUGCCGUUUAAACCCUUUCCUCUUCAAUGGCCAUCUGCAAACAAUGUACACGGCAAUCAAAGAUCCCGGGCCCCCAAUCCACUACAAGAGGAAAGUAUUCCAAUCAGACCAUUCCGUGUACCCUGGCCAGUUUGCUGUAGACUUUGUCGUUUCGAAGCAGGAGGGUGAGCUAGCCGAGAAAGAAAGGAAAGAAGCAGACCUACCUGAACGCACCGCAAACUUCACUUCGGAAGAGUGGGAAACGAUAGCAAGCGAGGACAGCACACCGAUGCUCAUCGCCCUACAUGGCCUGACGGGCGGAAGCCACGAAGUAUACUUGCGGGAGACUAUUGCGCCGCUCACGGCUAGUGGGUGGACAGCUUGUGUUGUCAAUGGUCGGGGAUGUGCCAUGUCGAAAAUUACUACAUCACAGCUCUUCAACUCGAGAGCAACGUGGGAUGUACGGCAAACUAUCAAGACUCUUCGACAGCUCUUUCCGAAUCGACCGCUCUACGCUGUUGGAUUCUCCCUCGGCGCCAACAUUUUAACCAACUACUGCGGCGAGGAGGGCGCUAAAUGCGUCUUGAAAGCAGCAGUGUCGUGUAGCAACCCCUGGAAUCUGGAGAUGUGCAACACAGAGCUACAGAGGACGUGGUUGGGGUUGGAAGUGUACUGCAGGACGAUGGGCAAGAACAUGAUGGGCCUAUUCGAACGUCACCGCGAGCAAAUUCUCAAGAACACAGAUAUUGACUUGGAGGCUGUCUUGAAGAGCAGAUAUCUAUUCGAGUUUGACAGGCAUAUACAGUGUCCGGCAUGGGGAUAUCCAACUGAAGGAGCAUAUUAUAGGGAUGCGCAGAGUGUGGAUGCGCUACUUGCGAUCAGGAUACCUUUUCUGGGGAUCAACGCCGAGGAUGAUCCUAUAUCAUCCAAAUUCGCAAUCCCCGUUGAGGAGUUCAAGCAGAACCCAUAUGCCGUCCUAUGCACUACGAACUGGGGUGGACAUCUCGGCUCCUUCCAAUUAGGCGGUGGGAGGUGGUUCGCAACAGCGACCUCCAGUUUCCUAUCCAGGGUGCACGAAGAGAUUGACCACGGGGCGAGUAAGAUAGAGAGGGAGCAGGCAAACAUCGAUACGCCAGGGAAGAAGUACCCGAUUUUCGAUCCGAAUCAUAGACGGUUGAUACUGCCGGAUGCGUAG